AUGUCGACCUCGGCUUCGCACGCGGAAACUGGUCGCUUUACCUACGAGGGAAGAGCCGCGCUCAGCCCCACACUGGAGGAGCAGCACGCCAGAGCUGCCUCGUCUAGCCCCAGCACCACCGUGUCCACCCCCGAGUCCGAGCAAGAGUGCAGAGCACUGGAAGCCGGGUUUCUCGUUGAUUUACAUGACGAUUCCGACCCCUCCCCGUCUACAUCUGCAGAUUCCCUUGGGGAGCAGAGUGGGCCCCCAUCUACCACGGCGGCAACGACCCCCGACAGUCACACCUCGCCCCCUGAAUGUAGCUUCGCGCUCAGUCCGCUGGCUCUCAACGACGACCUCGCACCAGCGGUCCUGGAGCCAGUCGCGCAGUUCCCGUCUGCUGUGGACGUCGAGUCUAGCGCAACGGCCGCACCCGGAGCCGGGCAAGCACUACCUGCCUCCCCACGCACCACCGCAAUCAACGCGCAGGUUCUCCACGCGCUUUUGCAACUAAUGGGCAGCAGCGCCGCGGACACUACCGGGGCUUUCAACCUCGGGUACCCCACGGCCACAACCACUCCCGGCUCUGCGAGUCCGCCCCGCAGCCCAGCGCCCAUUCCGCGGGCUGUCAGCGCGGAACUGGUGCCAGCAGUCCCAGAGGCAGUCGCGCAAUACCAGCCUGCUCUCGACGUCGACUCCGGAGCCACGACCGCGACCACGCCUGACGCGGAGCACGCGCUAUCUGCCCCGCCGAGCGACGUGAUCAACGCGCAGGCGCUUCGCGCGCUUCUGCAAGCAUCUGCUAAUGCCGCAGAGCAGGCUGUUCCCACCCACAACUACGGCUACCCCGUCCCCACACAACAGGACGCCUACUUCCCCGACGCCUCCUUUCCCCCUGCACACGGGUUCCCUCUUCUCGAUCAGUCUCAAUAUCACCUUGGGACACUCCAAGGGUAUCCCGCGCCCCCUUUCGCUCCUUACCCUCAACCUGGGGUGCCGCUUCCAAGCUAUUAUGGUCCUCAGGUUCCGCAACAAUAUCAACAUGGAUAUUACAACCCCUACGCUCCUAAUGGACUGGGACUGGUCUUCGCUGGAACCCCGCCCCCAUACGCCGUGCAAGGCUUCCCGAUGCAGUAUCAAUCCGAGGGUCCAGUUCCAGUUCCGCACCUGAGCGCAAAACCACUGUCGGCGACGGGAAGGCCGAACGAACCCGCUGGGCCUCCUCAAGGCCAAGCGGCCGAAGCUACGUCGUCGAAGAGGAAGAGGCCCGUACCGGACUGGAAGGGGAAGGGCAAAGCGAAGACGGUCGAGGAAAAUGUCGACGCAGACGCGACUUCCGCCGUCGAUGGUGAACGUGCCGACGACGAUGGAGCCCCGCCUGCCAAGAAACCGAGACGUGCCGCCCGAGGAUCAAAGGACGCUACGGGGCAGCCACAGACCACGCGCAAGAACCGCUCGUACACGCUUCUCCCCAACGGGAUGUACAAGUGCUCGCAUUGCGGCGACGAUACGAUCAAGAACAAGAACAAGCACCGCCAGAUGUGUGGAUUGGAGGGACCGCUGCUCUGCCCCCUCUGCGGCUUGGAGUUAGUGAGCCGCCGAAACGACUCUCUCAAGCGCCAUCUCAAGUCCAAUGACUGCAAGAACAGUCCUAGCGCUGUGGCAGCUGCUUCAGCAGCUGCCGCGAGUGCAGGAACAGAGCUCACCUCCACCUACCACGACGGCGAAAAUGACGCGGGGGCUGAAGAGGAUGAUGGAAACGACGAGCACGAUGAGUACCAGAAUGUGGCAGGUCCGUCGUCAGUUACGCUUGAAGACAUCCCGAAGCCCAAGAAGAAAGCGACGAAGAAGAAAGCCGCUAAGAAGAACUAG